AGGAGCAGCAGCAGGAGGAAGAGAAGGACAAACAACCAAAGGAGUCAGUCAGAGCAGAUAGAGAGGAGAGGCAGUACCAAUUCUAGCAGAGAUGUGGCAGACGGACCAGACUAUGCUGAGGACUGAGAAGACAGAGGAGCUACCGGUCCUGUUGCUCCUGUUGUAACAUCCUGGCAGGAGGAGAGAGAGAAAGGCACCGUGACCAUGAAAGUACCUGGAGUCAGAGACUCAGUGAGAGACAGCCACCUAGACAGCUGAGAGACACACACACAGAGAACACACACAUACACAGAACACACAUACCCACCCAGAACACACAUACACACCCUUUUUCUAUUACAAACACACCGGCCCACGGAUCUGAGGAGGACACUCGCUGCAUUCAAAGGAUUCCCGACAACCCACAGACAGACAGACAGACAGACAGACAGACAGACAGACAGACAGACAGACAAUACGAUUGGCUUUUCGGGGAGAACUAUAUUUUUUAGAGGAUGACAACAAUACGUUGGGACUUGUUGUUCAACAGGAAUAGCUUUUCUUUUGAUGUGGUCGUGAGUGGAGCUUCAAACAAGGAUAAUAUGGCGUAUGUAUAAACUGAAAGGGUCUUUGACCAUUAAGAUAACAUUUCUGAUUCAGUCUGACUGCUAUGUGGAUCAUCACUAGGAUAUUUUGGUAUUUCUCACCAGCUUAAAGACAUAUCCACGACUGUUGGAUUAUUAACAUGAGAGAGAAGCAGCUCUCGGGUUUCUGAUGGAUUAUAGCUGGGCUCUGAACCUAUAACCAGUGGGCUCUAAGGGCUCUGAACCUAUAACCACUGGACUCUGAACCUAUAACCACUGGGCUCCUAACCUCUUCUUUGGACCCCAACACUGGACUCUGAACUCAUAACCACUGGACUCCUAACCACUUCUCUGGACCCCAACACUGGGCUCGGAGGACUCUGAACCUAUAACCACUGGGCUCCUAAACUCUUCUCUGGACCUCAACACAGGACUCUGAACCUACAACCACUGGACUCCUAACCACUUCUCUGGACCUCAACACUGGGCUCGGAGGACUCCGAACCUACAACCUCACCACCACUGGGCUCUGAACAGCUCAAUGGAUGGAAGCUAUCAGCACAAAUGAGCACGAGACAGACAGACACAAGACAGACCGACACAAGUGUCUUUGGCUCAGAGAUGUCUCUGCUUCAGCCUCUCGCCCAGGAUUGAUUGAUCUGUGGAAGUCCUAUUAGUAACCUGGCUGUUGACCAAGAGAGGGGGAGCACCACACUCUAACAGUAACAGCCAACACAGUGGAAGGAGUAACACUCUCUAACAGUAACAGCCAAUACAGGGGAGGGAGUAACACUCUCUAACAGUAAUAUCCAUCACAUGGGAGGGAGUAACACUAACAGUAACAGCCAACACAGGGGAGGGAGCACCUUUCUCUAAUAGCCAGAACACUACAGGGUCUAACAGUAACAGCCAGGAGAGGAGUGAUUGCAAAAAUCACUGAAGCUGGAGACUCAUAUCUCCCUCUCUAACUUUAAGCAUCAGCUGUCAGAGCAGUUUACCAAUCACUGUACCUGUACACAGCCCAUCUGUAAAUAGCACACCCAACUACCUCAUUCCCUUUUAAUUAUUUAUUUUGCACCCCAGUAUCUCUACUUGCACAUCAUCAUCUACAAAUCUAUCACUCCAGUGUUAAUCCUACAUUGUAAUUAUUCCACCACUAUGGCACUAUGUGUUAUUGACCUUACGUUUGUUAAUUCCAUGUGUAACUCUGUGUUGUUGUUUUUGUUGCACUCCUUUUCUUUAUCUUGGCCAGGUCGCAGUUGUAAAUGAGAUCUUGUUCUCAACUGGCCUUCCUGGUAAAAAUAAAGGUUCAAGAUUUUCUUUAAAAAGCCAUGGAGAGGAGCACUACUGUCUAAACUAUCCCCAUACUGGGAGACUAAGGAUCUUUGGUGACUCCUUCCCCCACAACCUCACCAAGUGCAGAACUAUGCAGCAUUACUGUCAAACAGCAGGCAUUGAGAGAGAAACUACUGUCUACUGAAGACCCUCCAAACCCCUCCUCCACAAACCUCCCUCCUGCCCUUCUCCUCCCUCCCUCCUCCACAAAUCUCCUCCUACCCCCUUCUUCCACCUCCCUCCUCUUCCUCCACAAAUCUCCUCCUUCCACCUCCCUCCUCCACAAAUCUCCUAAUCCCUCCCUCCUCCACAAAUAUCCUCCUACCCCCUCCUUCCACCUUCCUCCUCCACAAAUCUCCUAAACCCUCCCUCCUCCACAAAUCUUCUCCUAACCCCUCCUCCCUCCCCCCGUGAAAACCCCAGCCAUGGAGUGGAACAUUUGUUUUAUUUAUUUAACUAGGCAUUACCGUCUACUGUAACAGUCUGUCCUGCCUUUAUUUAGCAGAGGACCACCCUACACUCUCCCUAACAGACCUCCUCCUGCCCCAGUCAUGAUGAUGCCCCCCCCUCCCACCAACCAGCCCCAUAUCUGCCUGUCCACCCUGCUGAUCAUGAGCAGUAUGGCCCUGAUCGAUGCCUAUCUGGUGGAACAGAACCACGGGCCCAGGAAGAUAGGUAUCUGUAUCAUGGUGAUGGUAGGGGACCUCUGCUUCCUCAUCGUGUUGCGGUACGUGGCGGUUUGGGUCGGGGCCGAGGUACGGACCCCCAAGCGAGGCUGUGCCAUGAUACUCUGGUUCCUCUAUAUCUUUGUCCUGGAGAUCAAGGUGUACUUUGUGUACCAGAACUACAAGGCUGACAGGAAGUCUCUGGAUGCUCUGGCCCGUAAGGCCCUGACCCUACUCCUCUCAGUCUGUGUCCCGGUGCUGUUUGUUGGUCUCGUGGCAAUAGACCAUAUGGAGUACGUACAGCCGUUCAAGAAGAAAGAGGAGCUGCGUAACAGGUUAUUCUGGGUGGUGGUGGACCUGCUAGAUAUCCUGGAUAUUCAGGCUAAUCUCUGGGAACCCCUGAAGAAAGGUCUCCCUCUGUGGGCUGAAGGACUGAUGUUCUUCUAUUGUUACAUCUUGUUGCUCGUCCUUCCCUGUGUCUCUCUUAGUGAGAUCUCCAUGCAGGGCAUCAAUAUAGUCCCACACAAGAUGAUGCUAUAUCCUAUCCUCAGCCUGGUCACCAUUAAUAUUUUAACCUUAUUGAUCAGAGGCUGUAACAUGCUGCUGUAUAGGGAUGCCCGGGUCAGUGGGAUCCUGAUAGGGAAGAAUGUGUUAGCUAUCAUACUAAAGACCUGUAGCUUCGUCCAGUACAGGAAGCAGUUACCGAACACUCCUCCUGCUUUCGGGUUGGAACGACAGAGGAACUCUGUACCACAUCACCAUGGUAACCAGGGUCUUGGACGCCCUGUUUCUAUAGUGAUGACCGCUCACCCGCAGGUGAUCCUCCCGGACCAGACAGCCCUGCCCCUCCCUCUGCCAGAGGUCACAACUACAUGUCAACAUACAUGACUGAGACCAGGAUCAUACCAUGUAUGUAUGACCCUCAGGAUAUUAUACACGGGACACACAGGAACAUCUGACUCAAAAUCUACAUGGAUGUACCAAUAUCAUGUAUGACCAUUAGGACUCUACAGGGCAAUGGUCAACAUCAUGUGAAAAACCUUGUAUGGAUAUUAUCACUGAUCAGAGGGACACUUUACACUUCUAAUAAAACAUAAAGCAGUAUAUGGAUAUUGUCACUGAUCAAAGGGACGCAGGAUCCUUAUGGAGUAUAGCGCAGAGACAUGGAGAAUGUUUAUGAAGAACCUUGAUACAAAGAAGAUUAUAAUACCAAUCUGAAUGUAUAUUAUCAUUGGAACACAGUGGAAACUCUCCUUAAGGAUAAUAUGGUGACAUGGACAACACCUUCUAGUGUAAAUAACAGUAUCUCUAGACUCUUAAUAUUUGCCCUGUGGAUUCAGAGAACAGUAUCUCCAGACUCUGCAAAUUAAAGACUUUCCUCUGUGGAUUCAAAUAACAGUAUCUCUGGACUCUGUUAAAGACAACACAUUCUGGUGUAAAGAACAGGAUCUCUAAACUCUGUUAAAGACAACACAUUCUGGUGUAAAAAACAGGAUCUCUAGACUCUGUUAAAGACAACACAUUCUGGUGUAAAGAACAGGAUCUCUAGACUCUGUUAACUUGUUGACGCUACCCAUCCCGGUAGAGGUAUAAUUGUCAUCAGCAACUGCUGAAUAGCAUAGUGCCACAGUCAAAUAAUAUUACUAAAAAAUAUUAAUAUUCAUGAAAUCACAAGUCCAAUAUAGGAAAACACAGUUUAGCCUUUUGUUAAUCCACCUGUCGUCUCAGAUUUUGAAAUGAUGCUUUACAGCGAAAGCAAUCCAAGCAUUUGUGUAAGUUUAUCGAUAAUAUAACAUAACAUUAUGUACACUAAACAUUAAGUAUCUAGGUCACGAAAAUCAGAAAAGCAAUCCAUUUUUUUCAUACCUUUGAUGAUCUUCGGAUGUUUUCACUCACGAGACUCCCAGUUACACAACAAAUGUUCCUUUUGUUCCAUAAAGAUUAUUUUUAUUCCCAAAA